GCAGUGAACGUUGACUGCAGCUUGCAGGCUACACCAGCAUCAGAAGAACCGCCACUUCCUUGACAGAAGAGCACGCAAUGGCAUCUAGACCGAACGUUGGCGGAUGGUUAAUGGGCAAGACUAUCAAAAAAGGUGGAGGAGCUACCACAAGUGCGCAUCCGACGCGAUCUUCUACGCCUCAGGUGCAGAGCACGUCAACUACUGUGUUCGGUGGAGGGGUCAAAGAUCCGUCAGGACGAAUCUCAGAGUACUCUUCUAUGGACGAUCAGUGUCCUGUGUGCAAGUCUGACCGUUACUUGAACCCCAAACUGCGUCUGCUCGUAAGCGCAUGCUACCACAAGAUGUGUGAGUCAUGUAUCGACAGGUUAUUCACUCUGGGGCCUGCACCUUGUCCCAUAUGCCAAAGGACUCUACGAAAGCUCGCAUUCACACCUCAAACAUUUGAGGACUUGACAGUCGAAAAAGAGGUUGCAGUUCGAAGACGAAUAGCGAAAGAAUUCAACAAAAGACGCGAUGACUUCCCUGACCUUCGCGCAUACAACGAUUAUUUGCAGGAAGUAGAAGACCUCACUUUCAACCUCAUCAAUGACAUCGACGUCCCGCAGACUGAAGCUCGCAUUGCGCAAUACCGGGCCGAGAAUGCAGCCUUGAUAGAACUGAAUAUCCAGAGGGAGGAACAGUAUGCACAAGCAUUAAAAGAGCAAGAAGAAUACGAACGCCAAGAGAAGGAGCAGCGUGCAGCAGAGGCACGUCGGGAACAGGAAGAAGCGCGCGAAGAACGAGAGAGGGAACGUAGGCAAAUCAUCGACCGCCUGGAAACAAGUAACAAGGACGCGGCGACGGUCAUCGCGAAGACGCGCGCUGAGACACAGAAAAAGUCCUCCGCCCGUGCAGCCGUGGCACCCUUCAGAAGCAACUCUCAGCUUCUCCGCUCACGCGCUGCACAGAGCUCAACUGUUCCCGAUGUUCCUCACGUUCCUCUCCAAGACGACUGGGAUGCAUACGAAGGGAUGUAUACAUUGAGGGACAACUAUGAUGAUCCACCAAGCGAAGCCGUGCGUAGAGAUCGGGAGGGUAUUAUGCGUGCAGGUGGAUAUCGCGUGGAGGAGGCAUGGGAGAGAGCAUUAAGAUGCGCUGUUGCUGGCCUGGAAAUGGCUCCGUUGACUAGUGUCGCUGGGGACAGUGACAUGGACAAGCUCCGUGAAGUCCAGGACCUUCCCACACCAGCAUGA